CUCCUGCGAGCGCACCGAGCGCCGACCCACCCCGCGUUUUCUCCGCAUUGUUUUUCUCCUGAUCGCUCGGGGUUUGCUGCGGGCUCACGCGCGGACCGACUUCGUCCCUUCCGCUCUGGAGGGAAACCGCGGCGAUCGGAACAGAAAUCGUUCGUUUUGUUUCCCUGAAGUAGGGAUGAUGAUGUUCCCUAUCCCGAAGAAAGAAGGUCUGGGGGUCCGUAUUGGUUCUCGCGUGCGGAGCAGUGCACCCAGGAGAAGACAUUAUGGCCGUGCUUUAAGGCCAUUUCUGUGUACAGAGGUCGUACAGCUUUAGCUGCAUCUGUACGGCUGGAGCGCUGCAACUUAUCUCCUUGCAGAUAUCGGAGCUGCGUUGUCUUAGGGAAGGGAGGGGAGAAGCUCUGGGAACACGUUGGUACUUACUGGUACAAGGGCACCUGAUGCUGCAGUCUGUAUUUUCUUGACUAGCGGUGUUAGAAGCAAAUUAGAAAAAAAAUAAAAGAAAAAGGACACCUCUAGCUGUUGGAUUUCUCUUGGCGUAAAAACUUGGUUGGCCAGGAUUUGAAUUAGUGCUGUGGUACAUAGACCUCUGAUAAACUUGUCGCUGCGUUACCAGCAUAGCUUCCAAUUGGAAGUUUUAUCUAGAUUUUUUUUUUUAAUGGGAACUGGGAACUGAAGUUUGGUUAGAGUUCAGUCUGUAGGGGUGCCCUGUGGUAAUUCUGCCGUUCCUGGGACUGUCUCAAUUAACACUUAUCUGGUGAUGUUACACUACUGUUCACAAAGACUUUUUUCCCCUAAAAAUCUCCUGGAGCUGGAGGCAUACCCAGUGUAGGCAUGCAGAAUGUAUGCACAGGAUUCCAGCUGCGUUAUUCGUUUAUUUUUGGUUGGCUAUGUGGUUAGAAAUUGAACAAUGCUGUUGUAAGUGGCAAUGUUACAGAAACAUUAUGGCAAUAUAAUAACAGGCCUGUUCUGCUGAAGAACAUAUUUUCAUGAGAAACAGUGAGAAGUUCUGUCUGCAUAGUCUUGGAAGCUCCUAGCUGAAGCAGCAGCAGGUACUCCUUCCAUCAGACACCCUCUGUCUGUAUGGUGCUGUUCCACAGCAUGUAGCUGAGCACUAUAGCUGUGGCCCCAAGCACAGCUGUUAGGCAUUGCAAACAGGUGUUCUCUGUGCUCAGCUUGCUGACUCCAGCCAGGUGAAAGGGUGACCUGCACGCUGCAGGGGGGCUAAAUGACAGGCAGCAGCUUUCGUAAGUUGCAAAAAGAGGUACAGAUUGAGUCUAGCGCCCAGCUGUGGGACUCUGCACCUACCCUUGGUAGCUACAGGAAAAGCAGGGAGACUUCUUCCCAGACAUCUAAAACCCAAAAGCACAAGGCGUAACAUCCCAGUUUACCACCACUGUGCACUGCUGCUCCAGCUUGUCUGUCCAGUGGCUCGGUGUGGUUUCUGGGGCUGGGCUGCUCAUCCGACACAGCCCCCUCUGCAGCACAGCUCCCUGUGGCUUCUGCUCACCUGGCAGCACUGCUCUCGGGUGCUCCUGGCUCUGAGCCUCUUGUUGGUGUGCUGCAGCCACUGCUUUCAGGGCAGAAGUUUUGUGGCAUCGUGGUGACUUUGUCCACUAGGUGGAAGAGAACCCUCAUGGCAGCCUGGUAGUUAACUUCACAAGUGGUGUUCAGCUGUGAUGGCAAUCAGGUGUGCUGCUCCAGCUGUGGCUGUGAGCAGUCUGCCUCCAUUUGGUUUGAGCUGGGCACCACCUGUGGUGGCAGUGGUCUCCUUUUAUUACUGCUUCAGCUCAUGGGUCCCAAGCAAAGAGCUGCAGAUCAGGACAGGGAUGCUCGCAGCAAGUGGAUCUGUUGUGCUCUCCAUCUUCCUUAAGGAGAGCUGCUAACAUUGCUACUCUGAAUGUUUGAAUGGGCUUAGAGCUGUGUAUGAUGCACAAGAACAAGUUGAAAUCAUCGCAGAAGGAUAAAGUGCGUCAGUUCAUGGUCUUCACACAGUCUAGUGAAAAGACAGCAGUGAGUUGUCUGUCCCAGAAUGACUGGAAGCUGGAUGUUGCAACAGACAACUUCUUCCAAAAUCCUGAACUUUAUAUACGAGAGAGUGUUAAAGGAUCAUUGGACAGAAAGAAGUUAGAACAACUAUAUAACAGAUACAAAGAUCCUCAAGAUGAAAAUAAAAUUGGUAUAGAUGGUAUACAGCAGUUUUGUGAUGAUCUAGCUCUUGACCCAGCCAGCAUUACUGUACUCAUCAUUGCAUGGAAGUUCCGAGCUGCAACGCAGUGUGAAUUUUCAAAGCUGGAAUUCAUGGAUGGAAUGACUGAGCUAGGAUGUGACAGCAUAGAAAAACUAAAGGCUCAGAUUCCUAAAAUGGAACAAGAGUUAAAAGAGCCGGGAAGAUUUAAGGACUUUUAUCAGUUUACUUUCAACUUUGCAAAGAAUCCAGGACAGAAAGGUUUAGAUUUAGAAAUGGCCAUUGCCUACUGGAAUUUAGUACUUAAUGGAAGAUUUAAAUUUCUAGACUUGUGGAACAAAUUUUUGUUGGAGCAUCAUAAAAGAUCAAUACCUAAGGAUACCUGGAACCUCCUUCUAGACUUUAGUACAAUGAUAGCAGAUGAUAUGUCAAACUAUGAUGAGGAAGGGGCAUGGCCAGUUCUUAUUGAUGACUUUGUGGAAUUUGCACGCCCUCAAAUUGCUGGGACAAAAAGUACAACAGUGUAGCACUAAAAGACCCUUAUAGAGUGUACAUAGUCUGUACAAAUACCUGAAAUGGAAAAUUGCACAGUCAAUUUCUGCUGGCUGGACUGAACUGAAGAUCAAUCCUCACAAUGUGCUGAGGGUUGAGACAAACCUUUAAGGAUACAUCAUGGACCAUAUCAUAAUUCAUCCUUCUACUGGUGGUUUGGGCUUUUCUUCUAGUCUGGACCACUGCUGCCUGUUAAAAUUCCAACGUUGUGGAUUUCAUCAUGGAUGAUUUUUUUUUUUUUUUUCUGGACUGCCCAAGUUUCAGCUCCCAUAAGUCCGAGCAGCUUUAUAAUGAUUUUGAGGUUUCUGGUUUCACAUAAAGCACAAUGCUGGUCAUCAUCAGACAACUGUUGUAUGGCAUCUGAAUUAUACAGCUCAACAUCAGAAGAGUUUCUAAAAGAAUCCUUAAAUAUACACUUGGGGCUAGUUGCAAAGACAGUCUUGAUAGCACUUCCUUAAAGAGUGAUAUAUUUAAGUGUAACUGGGUCCGAUUUUGCUUUUUUAAUUAAAUUUUUUUCCCUUUUCUGGAAAACUGCAGGUAUCGUCUGAGUGAGUGUGAGCGUCCGGUAAUAACAGUUACAGAAAGAACCAGGAAAGCUUCAGGUUGUUGAUACUGGGGUAUCUGGGUGCCUGUCUGCAUGGCUUGAUUGUGCAUCAGCUGCCCCUGAGAACAGAAGUGUGGCACGGCUCCUGUGCGCUUACAGCAGCAGUGUUGGUGUUACAGUCGGCCUGCGAGAGAUGAGCUGUGUGUGUAAGGGGAGAUUCUGAUAUUCUUUAGGUUGUCACCUAAGGAAAUGGAUUUUGUUGCAGUUUUGAAAUGCUUCUGUCACACACAAGCUUUCUCAUUGCUGUGGAAAUCUAAAACUUGAAUAUGCUGAAUUUGUCUUAACGUUUGCUGCACAACACAGCAUUUCAAAUUCAGGCAUGGAACUUUCAUGCUUGAGGCGUGAAGAAGCAAACAGUCCUGUUACAAUGAGAAGAUGGUGAGUUUGAUAUGAAACCUGGUUUGAAUCCAUUAUUCUGAGAAGUAAGUUAAAUCUUCAUAAUGUAGAGGUACUGCAGCUAUGGAUGACACCCAUUUUUAAUUAUUUUGUUGAGCUUUCCUUAAAUGGACAUUUCACUGUGGUUGCCAAAUAAAGAAAUGAAGUAUAAAGCAUUUCCAGACAGAUACGGAUCAGAUAUAAACUACUACACUGGCUUUGUUUCAUUAAGUUAUUUUGUUGGUUCAUCACUACUUCUCGUUGUCUUACUGCAUUUAAUUAAACCAAGUUCCUUUUGUUCAGAACAGGUGUUAUCAGAUGCAAUCCUUUAUUUUAAACAUUACAAGAGAGCUCGUGAGCUGCUGUUGUGCUAAAUGUGAUCUACUGCUGUGUUGUUACUGGGGAAGAGAUGUUCUCUUGAGAUCAGUUCUGCUCUGUAAAAGCAAGGUGGAAAAUACGAAGCUCUGGAAAAGCAGAAGCCUGUAAUUACCAUUAAGGUUAGAGGUGAGAGUCCAUGUGCUGAACAGUCCCACGGUAAGGUCUGAGUGACUUCUGAAACAGAAACUGGUACUAACAGCAGUAAGCAGCAGAACACUUCUAUGUGGAUGCUAAAAGUAUUUUAGGGGAAAAAAAAAGGAAAAAAAAGACUAUAAAAUUGCUAAAAAUGUUUGUUGCUAUUCUGUGAGGUUUGACCACAAGGCUAGCUCCUCUCGUAGCAGUGCCCUCUGAAACCCCAUCUGUGCAUUUAUUUCCAAAAUACGGUUCCACAGAAACACUGCAAACUUUCUCCAGCUACUGGAAUUGGCUAUGCCAAAAAAUGUGUGUUUUGCUGCUUUCAGUAUUUCCUUUUUAAAUUUUGUGUAAAUAUAAAUGGGGACUUGAGAUUAGGGGCGGGGGUGUGUGUGCAAAAAGCUCUACAAGGUAUCUAUGCGUGCUGUUUUCUGUCUUGAGGGUUCUGGUACAGUUUCAGAUUGAUUUGUUCGUACACUGUGUCUGGGAUGAGAACCAACUGUUUUUGUCCCAGGACAGACUUUUCCCUCAAAAGAAGUCUGAGGUGGGGUAGUGGCAUAAUGCCGUGCUGUUUUAAAGAAUAUUCCUUUUGAAUGCAAAAUCUUUUCAACAAAAUAGUGUUGUCAUCAGUUUGGUACUACGUGCUUAUAAUUACUGUGUAAUUAUAAAGAAAUACAUAAACUUUGACUAAUUAUGUUGCAGAAAAAGGUUAUUUGUGCUAUGAUGGCAUCUUAAGAGUUUUUCAAAAAGCACUGACUUAACAGGGUGUUGUUCUAAGGACAAAAUGCCUGGUGAGAGAAUAUUUUGUACUGAAAAGUCUCAGAUAUGGCCAUGUGGGUUUUUUUUCCUUUAGUUUUGUUUUUUUUAAGAAUGCAGACAGUUGCUUCCUUGAAUUGCUUUAAUUCGUAAGUGCUUACGUCCUCAAUCUGACCAUCUCCCCUUAAUGGAUCAAUUUAAUUUUGCCAAAUGUGAGGAGAAAAAAAAAGUAAACAUCUUGUUUAUAAUCUGUUUUUAUACAUUAAAUAUGUACAAAAAUUGAAGUGCCCUGAUAUAAAACACUCAAUGUCAAGAUUAUAUUUAGUAAAAAAACCCAUCAUUUACAUAUCUCUGUAAGUUCAAAUGUAACUUCUUACAAUCCCUCGCAUUACCAACAGAGGCAAUAAAGCUCCAAUGAAAUUGCCAUGACUAAGUCUUCUCAUGCAUUGUUUCAGUGUAUUAUUUGUAAGACAUUUCUAGACUGUUUUUUAACCACAAACACACGAGAGUGGAAUAUUUGUCCCUUACAUAAAACACACACUUGAUUGCAGGUGAGUCUUUUUUGGGGGAAAAUAUCUAUGAACUGAUGCAAUGUCUUGCCUACUGCUUAUGCUGAAUGUUUACAGGUACAGAAUGGAGCUUUCCUUACCCAGCUGUGCUGCAUUAACAUAACCUAGCAUGCAGUGGAAGACACCACACACAGUGCAUUUGUCUAAGUUGGGUUAAAGACUACAGUACCAUAAAGUGACUUUUUUUUUAUUGAACAACCUGUUAAUGCAUAACUUAUGAAUUGCUUCAAAACUGUUUUACAGUGAACUCCUUGCAGGGGACCUUAUUUAAGAAAAAUAUAAUUUUUUAAGAAUGCAUUUAAUAAACUUUUGUCAUUCACACUUGGUUUUAAAUAACAGUGCCAGAUGUCUCUGUAGAUUUUAUGUGUGUGUGGUAAUGCUGCCUGUAUAUGAUUUAAGUCCUCUAAGAGCAGACAGUAAGAGCAGACAGCCCAGUAAGUAGUUGAUGAAAUUGCUAUCUUAGAGCUGGGUGAUUGAGAACCAACAAGUGAGAGCAGCUAAGGAGCUGGACUCUGCAGUUAGAAUGGCUGAAGGGUGGACAGUUAAACAGGUACUUGUAAAUGGGUGUUUCUGAUGUUCUGCCAAGUAUUUUUUCCUCUAAUAACCUUAUACUACAGUUUUUUUAGUUCUCAUCAUAGGUAGCAAAAAAAACUGGUACUUCAUGUUUCCCUUUUAAGCUUAAUUCUAUGUCUUUGGAACAUGACAUGUCAGCCUUUCUCCCAAAGCAUUCAAGGGCAGAAGGCAAAAUACCGAACAGGAGGACUGUUAAAGAAACCAAAGCUGAAGAAAGGAAUGUGAAAGGUAGUUGGCAAGGUAAAGUCUGUCCAUCUGUCUGUCCAGUUGUCCAUUUGUUUCCAUCUGUCCACACAGCCGUCUGUCAGUCAGUCCCUCAGGUUCCAUGUCUUUGUGUAGCUGUGUCUCAGUGCCUGUCCAGCUGUGUACCUUGUUGGACUGUACCUGUCUCCUCCUCUGUGACUGAAGGUGGGGAUGGAGGGGCAGCAGCCUCACUGCCCUCAGGCAUCCUUUCCUCUGACCCGCAAGUAAAACAAUGACUCAGCUGUAAGCGAAAGUUUUAUUUAAUAAAUAUAAUUAAUUCAUUUCCAUAAACCAUAAAGCAACUUCUACUGCCCGAGCUGCACGAUGCGCAAGCACACAGACGUGCUGUCAGCGUCAGAAGGAACACGAGGCAGCCACAGUGUCACAGGUCCAGAAUUCUUAGUACUAAUUAUUGCUACAGUUUCCAGUUGGCAGUGAUCCUUAAUUGCCUAAAAUUAAGGAUCAACUUCAUUAAAAUGGUACCCUCACAUGCUUUUCCUAUUCAUGUUGGUUUUUUUCUCAAAAAAUAAAAAGGAGCAAGGAAAACUGGAUGCCCCUCCCAGGAGGAAGGAGUGAGGGUAAGUGCACAUAAGAACUGAAAUCUACAAUAGGAAACAUAACUGGAAAUCGAAAAAAUCACUUCCUUGCCACAGCUAUGGCAUCCUCUUUGUAUCUGAAAGUGAACUCCAUUAUAACCCAUACCAGCAAGAGGGGAAAAUAGUCAUAGAUGUAUAUAUUUUUUUAAACUCAUUGCCACAAUGCAGAAAAGAUGAGAAUGACUGAACUCUGCUGCUACUCCAAGUAAAAAUGCUGAGGAAAAUACACACUGCAUCCCAUUCUGGUGAAGCGCAGGGCUUUGUUUAGGCUACUCACACUGCUGUAAUCUACAAUAUUUUUCGUCUCUUCUCACUUCAUGUUACAUAUAGAGCUCUUUGGCUCACAGCCCAUCAGUUUUAUUCACGUCCAUGCAUUUAUACAAACCAGAAACAACAACAAAGAAGUCGUAUCUACAGUGACAGUUUUAUAUACUUAUUGUAAAACAGCGAGGUAACGUGGCAACACCUAGAGCCGGGCGAACAUAUCAAAGUGAUGAGAACAUCCCUUUUAACAAAAGCCACGGAAGCGUAGGCAGCAGAGCCAGUGCUGGCAUCUCUAUGAGCAGCUGAACAAUCUAGGGGAAGCAGAAGCCUUGUAAAUAUCGAUGCGAAUGCAUGUUUAAGCUGAUCGAGGGCAAGAGUUAGGUGGUACAGCCAUGAGCAUCCCAUCUUUCCUCCUGUUUUUAAAUUGAGUCAAUCAAAUAGGAAGCAGAAAGCAGAGAAGUCAUACCACUGGAAGCAAACAAAAGCAAAGAACAUACAAACCAGCCAACAAUAAAGAGUCACAGAAAAAAAAAAGAAACAGCCUGCAACAAAAGUCUAACUAGGAGAUAACUUAGAAACAAGAGAAGGCUGAAAUUAAUCUGUAUUUCAGGAUGGCUGGUUCACCCAGCUCUAGGAAUGCAUCUCCAUUAAAAAAAAA